AGAUUAUGGCAUCCAUUAGUGAACUCAUACAGUUCCUGUCAUCCGAGUUUUCUUUGAGCGACAUUACUGAUGAGUGCGCGUCAUUGAGUGCGAGGACUGGCUACAACAACUUCACUUCCAUUUCAAAUGAUUUCACCCCAGCUUUCUUUGAUGAUGGCGACCUAGCCGAGAAACGAAUUUAUUGUUUGCUUACAAAACUUGCAACUUUCAAAGAAGAGUGCGAUGAUCCCAAUAUAUGGAAUGAAAUGGCCAAAAUCAAUGUGUCGGGGAGACAGCUUUGUAUGCUACUGUGGUUCCCUAUAGAAUGGGCGCUUAUUGACAGUGGUCCUAAUUCACUAAAAAUGGGAGCUUUGGCGGCUUGCGCUUACAUUCAUCUCGCGAGUAUCAAAGGGUCCAAGAUCCAUAGAAUAUUCGAUCAUCAUCUCUAUAAGAAAUGCCUUCACCUGUUCCGUGCAUCGUAUAAUUUGCACUGCACUAUGCAAGGAUCUGCAAAAAUGUCGUCCAACAACGACGUGGAUAAGAGGAAGCAAGGAGGAUUCGCGCACGGUGUUGAUGAAUUUUCCGUUGCUUCAUUCGACAUCUCGGAAUAUAAGGAAUUGCUGUUCAGGAUCACUGAAACACUUUUUGUGCUUUUAAGAAAAGAAGCACUUGAUGUUUAUCCUGGAAUUUCUCAUGAGACGGCAAUGUUGGUUCGUGAUUUUGCUCGAAUUGAUGUUUGCGCUAAUGCUAAAGUUGGAUUUGUGGAUGAUCUCCGUGAUUUCAAAAAGCUUGACAGAUUCAUAGAUCGCUCAUUCGCACUCAUGCAUCAUCUGAUAUCUUCAAAGCACACUAUCGGUGGCUACAUAGUCACUACUCGUAUAAUUUAUCCAAGACUGGCCUUCUGGACAUUUGAUUGUGACGUUAUUCCAUCUUCCAUUGCUAUUCCGACAAUGUUUACCACAUGGAGAGAUCUCAUUGUCGAAUUUGUUAAAGUGAGAGUUAGUGUCGGAGAUACGCGUGAACUAAUGGCUUUCUUCGCGGUGCUCGACAAUUUAUAUCAUCGUUGUACCGAUAGAUUGGAUUAUCGCACCCGUGUGGCACAAUCUGUGCUCAAGAUAUUACAAGUUCUUCCACGUGUUUUCCAUUAUGAGUUUGUUAGAAGAGUUGAUCGUUUCUCAAGGGAUCCGAAGGUUUCGGUCAGGAACUUCACUAUUGAAAUCGCUCCACUGAUACUAAUGCAUCUCGAUCUGUCGGAGUCAUUUCCAGAUUUCUAUGAAGAAUUCGAUAAAUACAAGCGGGUUGCAGACAGUCAUCAUUCGAGUGGAUCGGAUAGAAGCGAUGACUUGCAGGAGAGAGAAGACGAAGCUAAUAGCUUUAGCAAAGAUGCGAAUGCUAGCAGUUUACUUUAUGGUGAUGAUGACAUUGAAGACAAAUCAGAUUCGCCAAAGAAGGAUACAGAGAAGUCGUUGCCGGAACAUGUUUGUGUGCUGCCCAUUCUGUACCAAUGUAUCAUACGCUGCUGUCUCGAUAAGGCCUCUUCCGUUCGUAUAAGAGCGAUGCAUCAUCUAGCAUCUCUGCUAAGUGUUGCUGAACAUCGGCAACAGUUACGUCAUCACGCUGAAACGAUGCUUACAAGGUUCCCGAGAUUCCUCAGUGAUGAAAGCGAUGUACCAAGUGUGAACGUGGAGGACGAUGAAGAAAAACGCGAACAGAUGUCUUUUGACAACCCUCAGAUUAUGACCAAAGAUGUCAUGUUGCAUAUUAUAGUGACUAAUGCUGGCGAUGAUACAGUUGGUGUUCGCAAAAAUGCGGCCAAUGUUUUGCGAAUUUACUUUCCAUACCUCAGUGACACCACUGAUGUUGAGGAUAGCGUCGAGUGCCUCAAAGAGCUUUGCUUAGACGGUUCAUCUGUAGUACGAAAACAGGCUAUAGAGGUGGUCGAUUUUCUCUAUAAUAAUUGUACAGAGCAUCGGGAUGUACUCGAGAAUGCUUGGCUAGAUACAGUGUUCACUAUGAUUAAUGACAGAGAGCCAAACCUUCAAAAUAUCAUUUCGCAGCUUGUUACGGAAACACUAUUGACCCCGAUUCUUGAUGGUUCGAGCAAGUCGUGGAAGCUACUACACUCAAUUGCAUUGGACAACAAUAAGCGCCGUAUCUUGACUUGCGCGCUCCUUCAACAACAUCGAAAGGGCCAGCUCAACCCUAAAAUCAUUGACUCACUGAAUCUUCAACUUGAGGCGUGUCCUGAGCGAAGUGAUGUUAUAUGGAUGCUUCUUGCAGAACUCAGUGCGAUGCUAGAAGUCAACCCGUUAGCAGCUUUGCGGACUUGGUACUCUCUUGAGAAAGGCGAUGAGGAUAGCAGAAUACGGUAUAUCACAAGGAUACUGUCAAAUGGAUCUCGCAAAAUUGGUGACGAUUUGAAGAAGAUUCUUAUUGCUGACAUAAGAGAGAACAUAAUAAGUUUCAGGGUCCAUACAUCGCAUAUUUCAUCUGUUUACCACUGUCUAGCGGUAAUGAUGGAUGCGGUAGGCGAAGAAGGCACAGGGAUUGCAAUACUCGCCGACUUCGGGCACCUAGUCUUGGACACUUGUUGCACCAAGAUCAGGGAGUCGCUGCUUGACUUUGAGAGUUUUCACGAGGAUGCUGAGGAAAUGGCAUCUCGCGAGGAAACUCUGAUUCGUAUGGUCAUGACGAUGGGAGAUGUGGUGCAAUUUUCGCCCAGUCUGAUGCGAGCUGGGAAAGGUCUUUUUGACGUGCUGAAGUCAGUGCUGGCUUUCGACACAAUUUACGUAAACGACGUCCUGUCAGGCGAUCCAUCGCCAGCAAGCUCACGCGCUCAAUCGGCAUCGUCUUCCUUCACGUCGUAUGGAUGUGAGCAGCCGAUUGUGCAGCCUAUCGCUGAGGGUGCUUCGGCUGUAAAUCGGUUUCUCUUUACUCCAGCUGUGCGAGCGUGCGCUAUUUUGACCAUUGGGAAAUUUUGUCUUAUGGAUGAAAGAUUCGCAAAAGCCACCAUCCCUGUCUUCGUGAAGCAGCUGAGGCUGAACCCUGACCAUGUGAUCAGAAAUAAUAUUUUGAUUGUCUUAAGCGACUUGUGCAUCAGGUACACGUCUACUGUUGAUCGCUACUCUGCAGUUAUAGCUGCUUGUCUCAAAGAUAGAUCUACGCUGAUACGUCAUCAAUGUUUGGAAUCGUUGACUUCUUUAAUCAACGAGCGCUUUAUCAAAUGGGAAGGCGAGGUUAUGUACCGCUUCUUGUCAACAGUUCUCGAUGAGAAUAGGAUGAUAAGCGAUUACGCAAAAUUUUGCUUGCGUGACGUUCUUUUGCCGCAGUAUCCAGAUUUGUUCGUAAGUCAUUUCAUCGAAUGUCUCACGCACUUCAACAACGUUUCCAUUGAUCAUGAAAAAGAGGCCGAAAACUCUGAUCACUCAUGGAAUUCCCGUCUGUGUAUGAGUAGGGACAACCGCAUGAUUAUUUACACAUUUAUGCUCAGCACCUUUGAUGAUACACGCAAGCUUACUUUGAUGUCUCAAAUCUGUACGCAAGUUCUUUGUCCCUUGAUGAGCGGGAAACUGAAAUAUGAGAGCCAAAAUGCACAAGCGCUGGUGAAGGACGCGCUGACGGUAAUGUCUCUGAACGAGAUGAAGUUGAAUGCCGACCUUGGUAAAGACCCCAAUGAAGAAGAAGAGCCACCCGCAGCCGUUAUCGCAGUCGCAAAGGAAAUUAUUACGAAAGCGUUCCGCAAAGCUAUGCUUGAAUAUGUUAUGCCAACACUUUUGGAUUUGCGCAUCUAUCUUAACGAGCAUCGGUCAGAGUUAAGAAAGGAGCUUUAUAAUAUUUUUCGCGCAAUGUGCCGCGACCACAAGGAUCACGUAGACGUCUUCUUAGGGGGUGAUGAACAAUUGAAAGCUGAAGUGGAAUUUGAGCUGCGUAGGAUUGGAACGGAUAGAGCGAACUCUUAUGGGUGUUUGAGCAUACAUCGAUUAAAACAUUCCGCACAGUGAUCAAGGACCACUAUAAUCGGAUACUUUGCAUUGCGUGAGACCAUACGAGCUCACUAGGUUUUCUUAUCGGUCAAGCUUUUUUCUCAUGAUAAGGUCUCUUAUGUAUCGUAGAAUUUGUGCAACAUGUUUCACUCACUGACAUCUGAACCCCAGGAUUUUUGAAUCAAUCUCUUUCAAAGCCAUGAUCUGCUGAAGACAUGUCCAUCCGCUCUGCUAACCACUGUUCCAUUUCAAUAUCUCAGCUAUGGUAUAACCUCGUUUGCUAUCUCAACAAUUGUGUCCACCGUCAAUCUUUAAUAUCUUUUACUUUCUUCGCUACAAUCGUUGUGAUUGUCGUUUAUUUGUUGCAGCAUAAAGACCAAAUUCGGAAGAAGCGCUUGGAUUUAUGGGUGCCGUUACAUGAGUUAUGAAAUUGUAUAAGUGAGAUGUUCUUAUUUGCAUAUGAUGCUUCGAUA